UUUUCAUUUGUUCAUUGAUUGAUUUUGUUAGUUAUUACACAGUAAUACAUCAAAAUUGGCGAAAGUUGUGCAAUAUUGCUGCUUCAACGUAUGCAACCUUUUAUACACUAAUCGAAAGUUUAACAUAUGCUACACUUCUGCAGGCAGCCAUUUUGCCCCAUUACGUCAAACAGGAAGACGUCAAACAUCGUAUGCUUUUUGUGGCAUUCCAAGUCGAACUUUUCCUGGCUCAUUCCGUCGCCGGCGCGAAAUUUUAAGUGUAAAGUGUUCAAUCUCCUAUAACCAUCCGCCAUGGAUGUGGGCAAGGUGUUCGACAAAGUUUUCCAAGAGCUAGCAGAGUCCGACCCACGCAUUGUGGAAUACCUCGAGGACGCAUCAUGCAAUGAAAACUUAAUUACUGAUGUGCGCAAUCCAGUUGAAGAUGCAGUGGCCAGCGGCAGUGGUACCCAACGGACACAGUGCAGUUGCUCCAUAUGCAAAGUUCAGUUUGAAAGCAUCGAGAAACAACGCAAUCACUACAAAUUGGACUGGCAUCGGUACAACCUUCAUAGGAACAUUAACGGACAAUCGCCAGUAACCGAAACCGAGUUCGAAGAGAAAGAAGAGGUAUCUAGCAUUUCCGGGUCUGAAUCGGAGGAAUCUAUACAAGAACGCAAGUCGUCGACGUAUUUGCUUCAAAAUCAGGGUCGCGUGUAUGUAACUUGCAAUAAGGGUCAGGCCAUCCUCAUGUACCGAUGUCUGCUGGCGGAUAAAAAGCGGGACAUCGAUUUGAGACAAUCUUUGGUUAGUUUAAAGAAUACCAAGUGGUGUGUUCUGAUGUUAGGUGGCGGGCAUUUUGCCGGGGCGAUAUUUGAUGGUAGUGUGCCGAUUUUACACAAGACUAUCCACUGUUAUACUGUGCGUGCAGGACAAGGUGGUUCACAAAGCGCCAGAGACAAUAAAGGUGGCUCUUCGGCGCCGAAGAGCGCUGGUGCAUCAUUACGCAGGUACAACGAGCAAGCCAUGAUACAGCACGUUACUGAGAUUCUGGACGCGUGGAAAGACGAGCUGGCAAAAUGCGCAAUUAUUCCAUUCCGUGCACCUGGUCCAUUUAAUAAAAGCGUAUUAUUCGGCGGGAAGAAUCCUAUCUUAAAAAGAAGCGAUGAGAGACUCAGAGUCAUUCCUUUCCCUACAAGACGUGCUACAUUCAAAGAAGUCAAACGCGUGCACGAUCUGUUGUCAGGCAUUACGAUUUAUGAAUCCAUUGAAGCCAUUCCCACUGAAACUGAAGCUGCCAAUGAAAAGGUCGUGAAUAGACGUAACAGAUCCAAAAGUCGAUCGAUUAACCGCGCUAAAUCUCGUGAAGGUACGGAGCGUCCUUUACCUUGCCCGAUGGAUGCAGAUCCAGUGCAUCUGGAAGGCCCACCGCAAGAGUCUCAACGCAAAGCGUUACCGGAUGAUGAGGCUGAUAUAUAUGAGUCAAUGGAAGCCCUCAAUCUAGCAAACACCUUGGAAGAUUUUGGCGACUCCGCGUUGUCUUUCACAAAUACACGUGUAACUAAGAAAAAUAAAACACCAUCCAAAACGCGUUUAGAUCACCAAGCGAGGAUAGCGGAGGAUAAAGCGCGCCAACGUCUUGAAAACGAUAUGCGUGCUUCAUUCAAGCAAAUCAUGACGAUUAACAACGAUACCGCGUUUGAGAACUUCCUGCUACAACAACCAGAAAUUAUAGCAAUGAAAAUAAACCACUCUGGUAGCACACCCUUACAUCUUUGCGCGGAGGCUAAAAAGACACGCUUUGUGGAAAUUUUAUUAGAACACGGUGCUGAUGUGUGCGCGAAAAACUCGGCAAAUAAAACGCCUUAUACCAUGACCCAAGACAGUGCAACCAGAGAAGUCUUUAAAAAUUUUGCGAAAGAGAAUCCGAGUAUGUUUAACUACGCGAAAGCCCAGAUACCGCUGGUGAAGACAUUGUCUGACGAACAGAUCGAAGCGAAACGACAGAAAAUGCGUGAGUUGAAACGCGCGAAACGCGAACGAAAUAAGGACAACAAACGUGUCCGAUUAGCGGAGCAGGGCGAACAGGACGAGCGGGAGAGAUUCGCGAUGUUGUCCGAUCGGGAGAAGCGUGCCCUAGCUGCUGAGCGGCGAAUUCUGGAUGCAAAAGGGCACGUGAUUUCAAGAUGCUUCUAUUGCGGCUGCGACAUGAGCGGAAAGGUACCCUUCGAGUACUCCUCAAACCGUUUUUGUAGCAUCGAUUGUCUGAAAGAGCAUCGCAGUCUUAGCCCGGUUGUAUUAAGCUAAAGAACGAUGAACACUUUUACGAAAUCACCAAUAAAGCAAUCAGUAAACCCACA